AAGUAAAAUAUUUAUUUGGAGAAACUAAAAAGGCAGGUCUGGAUCGAUCGAGUUUUCUUGAUUCUGAUUAACUGGUCAUUUCUUGUGCGACAUUGAAGAAAGGCACCUGUUUCAUAGGAAGCACAAUAAUAGUAUUAUGGCAACAUUUUGAAGGGGAGAUUUAGCAGACCCCUCCUCUCCUUAUAUUUCAAGUAACUCCUGUAAAAACUAUGUUUAGUUCGACUUCACUUUUGUCAAAAUCAAUAAUUCAGAUUUUCCAUGUUAAAAGCAAAGCAACAUAGAGAUACUUUGCUUCUACUUUUUCAUGGUGCAGUCAGUGAUUUUGAGUCCCUCAGCAGUCAACACCAAUCCAAUCUCAGCUUGACCUGUGCAAUUAGUAUCCAUCGUUUAUGGGUAGGACUACUGGCAUAUCUAAUCCCAUUCGUUCUCUUUGCUUUCAUCUCUUAGUGUUAGUGUUGGCCCAGCAGAGAGCUUUUGCUUGGUCUGAGUUUAAUUUAUAAAUAUUGUUUUGCAAAAUUAUAUCCAAUUCCCAUUGCGGUACGUAGCUGAGGGUUAUUCAAUUUCCAAUUCAUCGCAUUUUUAACGACAUGAUAAAUUGAACCACACUUGUAUAUACCAAAAAAAAAUUGAACCACACUUGUGUAGGUCGGCCGGGAACAGAAGCAUGACAUCAUUGACUUGCAGUAUUAACUGUUAUGGAAUUAUCUUUUUGCAGCAUCUUUUAUGUUUGUCAAUUAUUCAAAACUAUUCUUGUGUUUAACUUUGGAAAAGAUUUUAAUUUUAGAAAUCCUUUUGGAACUUUAAUAUCAAAAUGUAUUGAAUAUUCUUUUGAAAAUUUAAUUCAGAAAUGAUUUACAAAAGAGCAGUACAACAAUUUUUAAAAUAAUUUAUAGAAAACAUUUUUUUCUCUCUCUCUCUAUCAUCAUUAAUUAGAUCUUUUAUUUCUCAUUCUCCCUCUCUAUGUUAAAAUUUGUUGUGCGAGGUAAUGUACACAUAAUAUUUCUCUUUAUAAAUACCUGUGGAAUUAGGGCCUGAUCAGUUUAAGAAAAUAUUGUCUAUUUCUACUUUUAAUUACAAAAAUGUCACAUUACUUUUACUAUUUUCUGAUCUUAAAAGUUAAUAUAAGAGAGAAUCAAAACAACUUUUUUGUUAUUUUUAAUUUUCUAUUUUCAUGCAAAUUUAAAAUAAAAUAUAAAAACAGAGAAUGGCCCUUAAAUUUCCGGUCGUUUAACAGAUUCUCGAAUAAUAAUUUUGAAAUAAAAACAUAGUCAUCAUGUUUAAAUAGAGCUAAUUUUGGAAUAAUCAUUAAAAACAAGCAAGGGAUGGUGUAUUUAGAAAAGAACUAUGUAAAUAGCAAUCCAGUAACAUGGGCUUGGGCCCAGACGAAAAAGAGCUGCAAAUAAAAUUCUCACAAGCAAGUGGACGGAAAAGAAGUGUGCGGAGUACGAUUCCCGCCUUAACUCUGUAAUUCAAUCCCGAAAGGGCGCCAACAAAUUCUGCUUCUCUCUCUGUCUAUUUAUUUUCAUUUCUCUAAUCUCUGCACAUUACCCGACCCGACCCGAAGCGAGUUGCUGCAUCGGAAAUGUUCGGCAGAAUCAGAGCAUCCACUUCGUCCCUCGACACCUUAGACGGUUCUCCGUCCAAGAUUCUCAAAGACGACACCUUCUCCAUCUACGAGGCUACUCUCAUGAAGCUAAAGCUUGGUGCGCGACGCGAUACAAGUGAGGUUACAAAUGAUUCUUCAGUUAAUUCACCUUGUGCGGAAGAAGCAAAUCUCAAGCCAGAUUUAAAUCCUGCAACAAGCACUUCUUGUUCCGAGACAACGAUGAUGGACACAGAGUCUGAUAACUCUUCACCUAGGGUUAGUGACCACGUUUCUAGUGGGAACUCGGAACAGCGAAAGCAAAGCAACGUUUCCAUUCUAUAUUUCUUCAAAGUUCAGGAUACCGGACACGCCGGUGUGUCCUCUUCCGAAGAGGCAACGGCAUCAACGGGGAAUGGAAGUUCUGAAUCUAUCUCAUCAACUUCUGUUGAAUCUGAUUACAGUGGUGAAGUGGAAGGUGUUCGAAUUUUGGAAGAUUGUGAAAUGUUGGAUUAAUGGUGGAUUUAUGACCUGGAAGUACGGGAAUGAGCAAUUGUGCCAAGGUUAUGCAAAUAUUUAUUGCUUCCACUGCUAUCAGUUAAAUUCCAUGCUAAAUAUUUUCUGUUGUGUUGUAUUGUAUCCCAUUCUGGUUACACUUCGUGUGUGGACCAUGUAUCGUAAUAUCAGAUACACUGUUUUCAUAUACCAAAGUUUGGUAAAUUAAGAGUGUGUUUCCAGUGAAAAAAUUAGAUGAAGUUGCUUAGUUAGGGUUAGUGAUUUGGUUGAUGAGUAAUCACUAAGUAUUUUUGUAAGCAUUCAUUGAAUUCUUAUGAAUUCUCCGAACUUAACUCAGUCAAAACUUUUCCCCCUUUUUUU